CGGGCCAGGGACCUUUGCUAUAAAAAGCAAGUGGUUUCCUCAUUUUACACUUCAUGAACGCAUUGUGACAACUUGAAGCAAAAUAUCAUUACAGACUAAGCCAUGUCCGGUAAGGCAGAGAUUGUAUGGUCCUAUCGUCACGUCCUGCACAUUUUAAGUUUUUUUUUAUAGUUUUCAUUUAAAAUCAGACUGGACUAGGUUUUGUAAAUUAUUUUAAAGGGACACUACACCAGCCUAAAGCAUUUAAGCUUGCUAAAUUACAUUAUGUGUGAAGAGAGUGUAGAUUUCAAUAGAAAUUGGCACUUUUAUAAUUUAACCUUGUGACACCCACCCUGGCUGUUACUUCCUGGUUGUUUAGCUCAGUGGAGAUAAACUCAAGAGGCAGCAAUUGCCCAGAGCACCUGCCUUGCAAAGACUUCUCAUUGAGCUGCAUUGGGAGUCUGUGAUUGGACAGCCACAGAAAGUCUGGGAGGGGCUGGAAGGGGAGGGUUUGCAAAGGCUGCAGACAAGAGAACUGCAGCUUCUACAAGACAUUUUUAGAUAUAUCCCCAGUGGGAAAAAAAAUGCAUAAUAAAAUGUGUUCAAGUUUUUGUAAUUCUUUAUUUUUGUUGUGCAUGGUGUAACAAUAGGCUUACUCAGCCACGAUAGCAGUCGUAAGCAGUAAUUGGCAUAACAAUCAAAACAUGGCUUAUGAAUAUUCAGCACAAUUUUUAAGUUUCAUGAGAGCAAAAGUAGACAGUGGAUAGACAAUAGGUUAAAGUUGAGCUUUCCUGUCUUUAUAUGAUGAUCACGUUAAGUGAGAUUGACGUCAAUCCUCAUGCAUUAAUGUGACACGUUACAAUGGGGUAUCAAGUUGACGUGCACCAUUUUACAUUUACUUGUUUAGCAUUAAUGUUUAACAAGAUUCAUCAGCAGUAGCUAGCCUAGCUGUCAAUGUUGAGCUGUGAAUGUUUAGCUGAUCUAGUAUAAUACAGGCAUAAAACAUAGUGGAUUUUCAGCUAGUCACAUACUGGUGUUAGAUUACAUUAUAAAUUCUCCUGAAAUAAUCGGUGCUUCACUGUGCUAAACUAGCGACACUGGUGUUGUUAUGGUGUGUUAACAAGUGAUACAGUACAGUAAUAGCUUGUUAGUACAUGGUGAAUUAAAGUGUCAUACUAUGUGAGUAUAGGCUAUAGUACAUUGGGUAUGUAUAUCAUUACCAAAGUUGCUUACAUUGUAAAGUAUUAGGUGCAAGCUUCGUCAUAGGCAAUAGCAUUAUAGGUGGAACAAAAAAGUAAAAGAUAAAACGCAAACGCAAACUACUCAGUUUCAACAAGGUGAGAGCAAUGUCUAUGGUGCUGUUCGAUUCAAUCAGCCGAUGCCGGCUCUGUGUGCUGAGCUUGUGAGCCGGGGUUGGGGGAGAAAAAUAGCGUCCUGGUGAAGGGCCUGUCGGGCUCAAGUCGUGGCUGCCGCGUAAGCCUCCGUGGCUCUCUGUCUGGGCUUGAAUUCUGUGGAGUGUACCGGGUCAAGGCCUCGAGAGGUUGCAGGUAACGCUCUUCCGAGGGAGUCCAGGGGGAGAUCUAAGGCUCUCAUUGCCGCUGUGGCUUCUUGCAUGUCAUGUAUGACAUACGUUGUUUCACCUUUGGUGACGUGUAGUGUGUUGGCUGGGCCCCAUCGGUACCGGAGCUGGUGUGUGUGUAGUAGGGUGGUAAACGGUCUUAGUGUUCUCCUCCAUGCCAGCGUUCCUCCCGAGAGGUCGGUAUAGAUGGAAAGCUCCAUCUCUUCAAAGAGGUAGGUAGGUCAGCCUCUGGCAGCUGCUUGUACCGCCAUUUUGUCUGUGCGGCUGACGAACUGAAGAAUCAGGUCUCCAGGAGCUGAAGUUGGUGCUUUGCUCGAUUUCGGUAUGCGGAAUAUACCAGUUAUUUGGGUCGCUUUGGCCGCUUUGGGGUUUAGGAGUGCAGCUAUCAGCAGCCUGGUGAAGUGUGGUAGCUCGGCAUCCGAGAUGUUUUCUGCCACUCCCCGCACUUUUAGGUUGUUUUGGCGCCGUCUAUCUUCCUGGGCGUCGAGCUGUCGUUCCGUGAGGAGGUUUUGUCGCUGAAGUUCUGAAACCGCCCGUUGCAGCUCCUUGAGAUGGGUUGCCUGUGAGUCGGAGCAGUUUUCUAUCACACCCAAUCUGCCAGAUAGGCCGCGUAAGUCGUCUCGGAUUGCAGCCACCUCUGCCGAGAUUUUUUGAUGGUGGUCUUCCAUGAGCCUGUCGAUUGCUUCCAUUGUGACCGGCGUGGAGGCCGCCGCGGGCGGUGUAGGUUUCAGCGGUGCCGUCGAGGGCCUCCGCAGUUCUGCCACAUUCUCCCCCUCUGCUUCGUCCGAGGUUCCAUCCUCAAAGUCGGAGCAGCCUCCGUGUAGGGACGCCAUGUUGGGGCCCGGGGCACUCAGGGCCUGUUUCGAUAAGUCCCCAAUGUUCAUGCCCUGACGAGGUUGUUUCAAGUUUUUAAUGAAAAUAUAUCUGCUAAAUAAUAAUUCUUAUUCAUUUAUUGUUUGUAUUUGGGCCGUGGAGUGUCCCUGUAAUGGUUUCAGUGCUAAACUCAACACCUCACACGUAAUAUCUGUCUAUGAGAGAUUGUUUGGAGAGUUUCCAUGGUAACAGGUUUUGUUGCAUGUUGCCCAUGGGUGAUCACUUCUUGUCAAACUGAUUCUGGAGCACAACUCCAAGCAUUCUCUGCCGGCUGUUGAGGAUUGUAGUCCAAUAAAAAAUUGAUGUGGGUCAUAGUUGUACAAACACUGCAAAUAUUAUGGUGCUAUAAAAAGUGUUGUCGGCACCAUUAUUCUGUAUAUUUCUGACCCCCUUUUCAGUAUUAUCUCUUUCCAACACAUUUUAAUUUUUUCCUGAUGGUUUUACCAUUGAUUACAGUCACAAAAUUAUAUAAAUACGUAAAAUUAUAAUUACCAUCAAAAUAAUUUUCUAUAUUAAAUAGAAAGGAAGACAUUGAUACUUUGUUAUAAAAAAAACCAGUGUGUGUAUUAAACUUUUACUUUAAAUAUCACUGUGUGAGUUCCUCUGCUGUGAUUUUAUCCCGUAUCUGCUUUCACAUGUCCCUCAUACAAGCAGGAUAGUAAUCAAUCAGUUUCUUCAUAGCGAAUUCCUUAUUGAAUAGCAAUGUAAAGGGGUCUCUGGAGUACAAGCAAGGCUGACGGGUUAUGAAGUGGGAAGCUGGCUGUGAUGGGGUUGCUAAUAAUGACACUGAUAGACAUUGCAUACCGUCACACUGGGAUUUAUCAUUUAACCUGAGACAUGUGGAGAAAUGGCUAUUUGCAAUAUGAAGAAACUGUAUAAACGGCAAGACAAUAGCACAUAUCUAGUGAUUUUAUUAUAUAUAUUCAUUUUUAGAAAAACCUUUCUGUUGAUUUUUUAGAAUGUGUCUUUUGGUUCAUGUUCCAAUUUGCAAUGCGAACUGCAUUUUACAUGUUUACAGCUUCCCACAAUAAUUUGUGCUAAUCUAGUGCAGUGAAUGAAAAAUGACUUUGACGUCAGACUAUGCUUAUUGUACGGUCCGCGUUCUUCUAAUAACACGUGGGUUAUUGGUGAAUGGACUGCGGACUACACAAAGCACAACUAUUACCCGGAACUUUGACCUCAGUAGACAGUAUGCCAUAUUCAUUUACCAGUCUAUGCUGUGUCCUAUACACAGUGGGAUGGGAUGGAGUAGGCGUUAGUAAACAGCAGGUGUGGAAAUGAAAAAAAGAAAUCUACUGGUCAAUAUACCCGUCUGUCAUGGCGAUCUACUUGUCCACACACAAAGUAAUUCCAGUUUGGGGCUCCGCUAAGAGUCCUGGACAUAGAAUGGUGUUAUUCAAUAAAUGUAUUCCAUUUUUCCAAAUUAAAUCGAAAUGGAAAAACAACAUUAAAAAAAAGUCUUAUUUGGAAAAAUGCCCCAGUGCAGCUUUAGUUACAACCUUUCGCCUCCAGGUAUUCGCCUCCAGGUAUUUUUGGAUAAACAUUUUUUAAAAUGACUUUUUCAAAAUAUCAAACCAUAUAGAACAUAUAUAAAUAUAUAUAUAUAUAUAUAAUAUUGGAGUUUAGUGAAUAAACCCCAGGUGUCUCACCUUCUGCCCUUCAUAAACGCUCCAUCUGCUCCCUUUAUAGUGUGUGGGGAUGUGUAAAAUGUGCAGGCUGUGUGUAAUGUGUGUGUGUGCGUGCUUUGUGUAAUGUGUGUGCAAGCUGUGUGUAAUGUGUGUAUGUGCAUGCUUUGUGUAAUGUGUGUGCAAGCUGUGUGUAUGUGCGUGCUUUGUGUAAUGUGUGUUCAAGCUGUGUGUAAUGUGUGUGUGUGCUUUGUGUAAUGUGUGUAUGUGCGUGCUUUGUGUAAUGUGCGUGCAAGCUGUGUGUAAUGUGUGUGUGUGCGUGCUUUGUGUAAUGUGUGUGCAAGCUGUGUGUAAUGUGUGUGUGUGCGUGCUUUGUGUAAUAAUGUGUAAUGUGUAUGUGUGCUUUGUGUAAUGUGUGUGCAAGCUGUGUGUGUGUGUGUCGUGCUUUGUGUAAUGUGUGUGCAAGCUGUGUGUGUGUGUGUGCGUGCUUUGUGUAAUGUGUGUGCAAGCUGUGUGUAAUGUGUGUAUGUGCGUGCUUUGUGUAAUGUGUGUGCAAGCUGUGUGUAUGUGCGUGCUUUGUGUAAUGCGUUUGUGUGCGUGCUUUGUGUAAUGUGUGUGCAAGCUGUGUGUAAUGUGUGUAUGUGCGUGCUUUGUGUAAUGUGUGUGCAAGCUGUGUGUAAUGUGUGUGUGUGCGUGCUUUGUGUAAUGUGUGUGCAAGCUGUGUGUAAUGUGUGUAUGUGCGUGCUUUGUGUAAUGUGUGUGCAAGCUGUGUGUAAUGUGUGUAUGUGCGUGCUUUGUGUAAUGUGUGUGCAAGCUGUGUGUAAUGUGUGCAUGUGCGUGCUUUGUGUAAUGUGUGUGCAAGCUGUGUGUAAUGUGUGCAAGCUGUGUAUAAUGUGUGUGCGUGCUUUGUGUAAUAUGUGUGCAAGCUGUGUGUAAUGUGUGUGUGUGUGUGCAAGCUGUGUGUAUGUGUGUGCUUUUGUGUGUGUGUUAGCUGUGUGUAAUGUGUGUGUGUGCGUGCUUUGUGUAAUGUGUGUGUGUGCAAGCUGUGUGUAAUGUGUGUGUGUGCGUGCUUUGUGUAAUGUGUGUACAAGCUGUGUGUAAUGUGUGUGUGUGUGCGUGCUUUGUGUAAUGUGUGUGCAAGUUGUGUGUAUAGUGUGUGUGUGCAGACUUUGUGUAAUGUGUGUGCAAGCUGUGUGUAUGUGCGUGCUUUGUGUAAUGCGUUUGUGUGCGUGCUGACUUGUGUAAUAUGAGUGCAAGCUGUGUGUAAUGUGUUUGUGUGCAGGCUGACUUGUGUAAUAUGUGUGCAAGCUGUGUAUAAUGUGUUUGUGUGCGUGCUGACUUGUGUAAUGUGCGUGGGGCAGUUCUGGUGUCAGCAGUAGACUUUAUUUUUGGAUACGCAGGUGAUGCACAAUAAUAAAUUGUAGAAUUUCCUCUCUCACAGUUGUAUAUACUGGUCUUUUUAUCCUCCAGGUAAGAGAGCGCUGAUCGUCUUGGCCCACCAGGAGAAGACCUCAUUUAAUUAUGCCAUGAAGGAUGCAGCUGUGGAAGCUCUGAAGAAGAAGGGCUGGCAGGUCACCGUGUCCGAUCUUUACGCCAUGAAGUUUAAUCCAGUCUUAUCACGAGAUGACAUUAUUGGUAAUUAAUUAAGAGGGCACAGAGGGGCUCCAUGAUGCAGUCUGAUCUCUGGGUUUGGUAACUUCCACCCAUUGAAAAGUAACAUUACCAACACUACAGCAGCCAGGGCUAAUCUUCUAAUAUUAUUCUAAUCUAAGAGUCUCUGUAAUGUUUCUACAGGAGAUCCCCAAAAUCCAGAUGCAUUUAAGUACGGCGUGGAAUCCGCGGUUGCUUACAAAGAGGGACGUCUCGCCCCAGAUAUUAUCGAAGAGCAGAAAAAGCUUGAAGCUGCUGAUUUGGUGAUCUUUCAGGUAUUUAGAGAAAGAGAGAGAGACUCUCCCCGUCCACAUCUCAUUAAGACAAAAAGUAUAAUAUAGUCAGCGGAACAACUACAGCUUAUUGUAUUUGUUGUAGGGUUUUUGUUUGUUAUUUUUUAUUAGGUUUUAUUGUGCAUUUAAAAGUAAAUCCUGAAUAUCAACUGUACAUUCAGUAUCAUAUAGUCAAAAACAAUCAGAGUGUGAUGCAAGUAACAUAGGUUCAAGAUACAUGGUUGCAAUAAAGGUGAGCUUGGUGUAUUUGUUUUGGUGAGUAGAAUCAUUCCCUUCAGUUAUUUUCCAGUAAACACUGUCUUUUCAGAGAACGUGCAGUGUUUACAUUACAGCCUAGGGACACCCCCACUGGCCAUUUCUUAGAUGGCUGCUAGAGGUGCUUCCUGGGGCAGUGCUGCACAGUGUGACUGACAUUCAGUGUCUCCACCCUCUGCAUACAGACACUGCACUUUCCUCAUAGAGAUGCAUUGAUUCCCAUUGUACAGUGCUACAGAAUCUGAUGGUGCUAUAUAAAUAAUAAAAUAAAUAAUAAUAAUUUAAUGUAUUUCUAUAAGGAGAUGCUGAUUGACCAGGAUGGUGUUUGGCUCUGUCCCCUGCCCCACCUCCUUGACAACCUCAGCCAAAUCCCAAUCCUAUGGGAAAGAAUUGUCAUUGGCUGAGAUCAUCACUUCUGAUUAUGUCAGCCAAGGAGGCAGGUCAGAGGCAGAGACAGAACUAGCAAACUGGAAUAAAGGUAAGAUUUUAUUGUAUUUAGGGGGGCCAGGAUGUACCAGGGGGGCUAGAUGGUGGUUUUACCACUGUAGGGUUAGGAAUACAUGUUUGUGUUCCUGACACUAUAAUGUUCAUUUAAGUAUGACUUGGAAAUGGAGAUAAAUGUCCCUCAAAAAUUUUCCAAAAUCCCUGAAGUGUUAGUAUUGUGUGUUGAUUGGUAUGUCAUCAGUGUACGCAGAGAUUUGUAAUAUUUCAUAUUGUGUGUGUGCUCAAUGCAGUGUGCAUCAUACAAUUUAUUAUUGUGUCUUUAUCGCAGUUUCCUCUCUACUGGUUCGGGCUGCCCGCCCUGAUUAAAGGAUGGGUUGACCGGGUUUUCAGCGUUGGUUUUGCGUACACCCUGACGACACUAUAUACCAAUGGACCGUUUCGAGUAAGUUGUUGGAAGAACUAAGCUGUUAAAUUGCAGAAAUGAGCGGGAGAUAUAAAUGUUAACAGAGGGGGGCUUAUUCACCAAACUCCAAGUAGUAGUGAGCUAAAAUCUGAAUUUCAAAAUUAAGGCCAAAAUAGCCGAGCUGUUUCUUUUCUGUUAUUUUGGUCUACAUUUUGCAUUUCACUUUUAAACUUGGACUUUUGUGAAUAAACCUUUUUAAUAAGUUUAUGAUCUAUAAAAACGGGAUACAAUCAUACAAUGACACGGAAACCGCGCUCCAUGAGUGAUCUCGUUAUUGAUUUAUUUGUUUGACAAAUGACCUGAGGUUUCUUUUAAUAGAGAGCUGUGGCAUUUAUACAAUGCUUUAAAUAGAAUCAAUAGGAACAUCAGGAUUGGCUGAACCAUGGCUCACAAAACUUAUAAAAACAAUUAGGAAUUCCCUGGGAAACAGAAUUGCGAGCGGUUAUAUCUUCACAUAGGAAACACUAUUUAUUUUCACACUCUUCAUUCUUCCACUUUUUGUUCCUGCCUUGGAUUUUCUAUCCUUUAUUUAUUUUUAGCCACAAAAUUAAACAAAUGAUUAGAAGAGGUGCAUUUGAUAUUUGGAGGAUUAUUAUUCAUUAAACAAAAAGGAAGAUUGAGAGCGCUUCUUACCUGUCUCAGUAAACGGCCACUCUGACAGAUUCGUAAUAAAUCUGAUCUCAUUGCCCUGUUUUCAUUCUAUAAUUUCCUUUUAUGUUGGACUCUGCUGAAUUUAUCGAGAUACUUUCAUUUCUAUUUAUUAUCAAUGUUUCAUCUUUUUGUUUGAACUUGCUGCUUAGUGAUGCAUUAUUUCUUUUUUUACUUAUUUAGAUUGUUGGAAACUGUGCUAGCAUUCUGUGAUUUUUGUGUGUGUAUGUUUUCUACUUUACUCAGACGUACAUUACCUUUAUUUUCGCAGAAUAAGAAAGCCCUAUUGUCAUUUACCACCGGAGCUGCAGGCACAACGUUCUCAAACAAGGGGUUGAACGGUGACAUCAAUGUGAAUAUAUGGCCAAUGCAGGUAUGUGCUCACUUUAGCCACAGAUCAUGGUAUUAGAUGAUGCCAAACAGCAGAUCAUAGACAAAAUGUCAAAGGAUUAUGGGGGUUGUAGUUUUAAAACAGCUUUUGGGUUACAUGUUGGCUGUUUACAAGAAGUAGACACUCCAACCACCAUAACCACCACAGCUUAUUAUUACAGAGUAUUGUAUUAUUACAGCUCAUUGUAUUAUCACAGAGUAUUGUAUUAUUGCAGCUCGUUGUAUUAUUACAGCUCAUUGUAUAAUUAUAUUUAUUUAUAAACUAUUUAACCAGGAAAGAUACAUUGGUAUUUAUCUUGUAUUUAAGUGUGUCCUGGGUCCACAAAACAUUGCAUUGAUACAUUAGGGUACAAUAAAAUACAAAAACAAUAUUAAUACACAAUAAAUACAAAAUGUAACAUAGAACAGGUAAGAAAUAUAUAAUCAACCGUAACCAUAUACACUGAGACACAUUACUGGGAGUAUUAUUGCUGUGGAGCUCUGUUAUACACUCAGACACAUUACUGGGAGUAUUAUUGCUGUGGAGCUCUGGUAUACACUCAGACACAUUACUGGGAGUAAUAUUGCUGUCGGGCUCUGUUAUACACUCAGACACAUUACUGGGAGUAUUAUUGCUGUGGAGCUCGGUUAUACACUCAGACACAUUACUGGGAGUAUUAUUACUGUGGAGAUCUGUUAUACACUCAGACACAUUACUGGGAGUAUAAUUGGUGGGGAGCUCUGUUAUACACAGAUAUUUCUGGGAGUAUUAUUGCUGUGGAGCUCUGUUAUACAUUCAGACACAUUACUGGGAGUAUUAUUGCUGUGGAGCUCUGUUAUACACUCAGACACAUUACUGGGAGUAUUAUCGCUGUGCAGCUCUGUUAUACACUCAGACACAUUACUGGGAGUAUUAUUGCUGUGUGGCUCUGUUAUACACUCAGACACAUUACUGGGAGUAUUAUUAUUGUAGAGCUCUGUUAUACACUCAGACACAUUACUGGGAGUAUUAUUGCUGUGGAGCUCUGUUAUACACUCAGACACAUUACUGGGAGUAUUAUUGCUGUGGAGUUCUGUUGUACACUCAGACACAUUACUGGGAGUAUUAUUGCUGGGAGCUCCGUUAUACACUCAGACAUAUUACUGGGAGUAUUAUUACUGUGGAUCUCUGUUAUACACUCAGACACAUUACUGGGCGUAAUAUUGCUGUGGAGUUCUGUUAUACACUCAGACACAUUACUGGGAGUAUUAUUGCUGUGGAGCUCUGGUAUACACUCAGACACAUUACUGGGAGUAUUAUCGCUAUGGAGCUCUGUUAUACACUCAGACACAUUACUGGGAGUAAUAUUGCUGUGCAGCUCUGUUAUACACUCAGACACAUUACUGGGAGUAUUAUUGCUGUGUGGCUCUGUUAUAUACACUCAGACACAUUACUGGGAGUAUUAUUGUAGAGCUCUUUGCUAUACACUCAGACACAUUACUGGAGUAUUAUUGCUGGGAGCUCUUGUUAUACACCUGUGACACACAUUGGGGAGUAUUAUUGCUGUGGAGCUCUGUUAUACACUCAGACACAUACUGGGAGUAUUAUUACUGUGGAGAUCUGUUAUACACACAGACACAUUACUGGGAGUAUUAUUACUGUGGAGAUCUGUUAUACACUCAGACACAUUACUGGGAGUAUUAUUGCUGUGGAGCUCUGUUAUACACUCAGACACAUUACUGGGAGUAUUAUUGCUGUGGAGCUCUGUUAUACACUCAGACACAUUACUGGGAGUAUUAUUACUGUGGAGCUCUGUUAUACAACAGACACAUUACUGGGAGUAUUAUUGCUGUGGAGCUCUGUUAUACACUCAGACACAUUACUGGGAGUAUUAUUGCUGUGGAGCUCUGUUAUACACUCAGACACAUUACUGGGAGUAUUAUUGCUGUGGAGCUCUGGUAUACACUCAGACACAUUACUGGGAGUAUUAUUGCUAUGGAGCUCUGUUAUACACUCAGACACAUUACUGGGAGUAAUAUUGCUGUGCAGCUCUGUUAUACACUCAGACACAUUACUGGGAGUAUUAUUGCUGUGUGGCUCUGUUAUACACUCAGACACAUUACUGGGAGUAUUAUUAUUGUAGAGCUCUGUUAUACACUCAGACACAUUACUGGGAGUAUUAUUGCUGUGGAGCUCUGUUAUACACUCAGACACAUUACUGGGAGUAUUAUUGCUGGGAGCUCUGUUAUACACUCAGACACAUUACUGUAUAUUAUUACUGUGAGAUCAGUAUACACACAGACACAUUACUGGGAGUAUUAUUGCUGUGGAGCUCUGUUAUACACUCAGACACAUUACUGGGAGUAUUAUUGCUGUGGAGCUCUGUUAUACACUCAGACACAUUACUGGGAGUAUUAUUGCUGUGGAGCUCUGUUAUACACUCAGACACAUUACUGGGAGUAUUAUUAUUGUAGAGCUCUGUUAUACACUCAGACACAUUACUGGGAGUAUUAUUGCUGUGGAGCUCUGUUAUACACUCAGACACAUUACUGGGAGUAUUAUUGCUGUGGAGCUCUGUUAUACAUCAGACACAUUACUGGGAGUAUUAUUGCUGUGGAGCUCUGUUAUACACUCAGACACAUUACUGGGAGUAUUAUUGCUGGGGAGCUCUGUUAUGCACUCAGAUACAUUACUGGGAGUAUUAUUGCUGUGGAGCUCUGUUAUACACUCAGACACAUUACUGGGAGUAUUAUUGCUGUGGAGCUCUGGUAUACACUCAGACACAUUACUGGGAGUAUUAUCGCUAUGGAGCUCUGUUAUACACUCAGACACAUUACUGGGAGUAAUAUUGCUGUCGGGCUCUGUUAUACACUCAGACACAUUACUGGGAGUAUUAUUGCUGUGGAGCUCGGUUAUACACUCAGACACAUUACUGGGAGUAUUAUUACUGUGGAGAUCUGUUAUACACUCAGACACAUUACUGGGAGUAUAAUUGGUGGGGAGCUCUGUUAUACACAGAUAUUUCUGGGAGUAUUAUUGCUGUGGAGCUCUGUUAUACAUUCAGACACAUUACUGGGAGUAUUAUUGCUGUGGAGCUCUGUUAUACACUCAGACACAUUACUGGGAGUAUUAUCGCUGUGCAGCUCUGUUAUACACUCAGACACAUUACUGGGAGUAUUAUUACUGUGGAGCUCUGUUGUACAGUCAGACACAUUACUGGGAGUAUUAUUGAUGUGGGGCUCGGUUAUACACUCAGACACAUUACUGGGAGUAUUAUUGCUGUGCAGCUCUGUUAUCCACUCAGACACAUUACUGGGAAUAUUAUUGCUGUGGAGCUCUGUUAUACACUCAGACACAUUACUGGGAGUAUUAUUACUGUGGAGCUCGGUUAUACACUCAGACACAUUACUGGGAGUAUUAUUACUGUGGAGCUCGGUUAUACACUCAGACACAUUACUGGGAGUAUUAUUGAUGUGGAGCUCUGUUAUACACUCAGACACAUUACUGGGAGUAUUAUCGCUGUGCAGCUCUGUUAUACACUCAGACACAUUACUGGGAGUAUUAUUGCUGUGGAGCCCUGUUAUACACUCAGACACAUUACUGGGAGUAUUAUUGCUGUGGAGCUCUGUUGUACAGUCAGACACAUUACUGGGAGUAUUAUUGAUGUGGGGCUCGGUUAUACACUCAGACACAUUACUGGGAGUAUUAUUCCUGUGCAGCUCUGUUAUUCACUCAGACACAUUACUGGGAGUAUUAUUGCUGUGGAGCUCUGUUAUACACUCAGACACAUUACUGGGAGUAUUAUUACUGUGGAGCUCCGUUUUACACUCAGACACAUUACUGGGUGUAUUAUUGCUGUGGAUCUCCGUCAUACACUCAGACACAUUACUGGGAGUAUUAUUGCUGUAGAGCUCUGUGAUACACACACACACAUUACUGGGGGUAUUAUUGCUGUGGAGCUCUGUUAUACACUCAGACACAUUACUGGGAGUAUUAUUGCUGUGGAGCUCUGUUAUACACUCAGACACAUUACUGGGAGUAUUAUUGCUGUGGAGCUCUGUUAUACACUCAGACACAUUACUGGGAGUAUUAUUGCUGUGGAGCUCUGUUAUACACUCAGACACAGUACUGGGAGUAUUAUUGCUGUGGAGCUCUGUUAUACACUCAGACACAUUGCUGGGAGUAUUAUUGAUGUGGAGAUCUGUUAUACACUCAGACACAUUACUGGGAGUAUUAUUGCUGUGGAGCUCUGUUAUACACUCAGACACAGUACUGGGAGUAUUAUUGCUGUGGAGCUCUGUUAUACACUCAGACACAUUACUGGGAGUAUUAUUACUGUGGAGCUCUGUUGUACACUCAGACACAUUACUGGGAGUAUUAUUGCUGUGGAGCUCUGUUGUACACUCAGACACAUUACUGGGAGUAUUAUUGCUGUGGAGCUCUGUUAUACACUCAGACACAUUACUGGGAGUAUUAUUGCCUUGGAGCUCUGUUGUACACUCAGACACAUUGCUGGGAGUAUUAUUACUGUGGAGCUCUGUUAUACACUCAGACACAUUACUGGGAGUAUUAUUGCUGUGGAGCUCUGUUAUACACUCAGACACAGUACUGGGAGUAUUAUUGCUGUGGAGCUCUGUUAUACACUCAGACACAGUACUGGGAGUAUUAUUGCUGUGGAGCUCUGUUAUACACUCAGACACAUUACUGGGAGUAUUAUUACUGUGGAGCUCGGUUAUACACUCAGACACGUUACUGGGAGUAUUAUUACUGUGGAGCUCGGUUAUACACUCAGACACAUUGCUGGGAGUAUUAUUGAUGUGGAGAUCUGUUAUACACUCAGACACACCAAAAAUAUUGAGUUCCUAGAAAAGAGUGACAUUAAUAUAGAAAAGAUUUGGUUCCAAAAUGGGACUGUCCCUCCUAUAUAGGGACACUUGGGUGUUAUGUAAAUACUAGGGCUCACCGGUAUCCUGUCUUUCUGUGGCAAUGUACUGAGCUGUGGAUAUUCUCUCCAGGGAGGUUACAUUCAAUCCAAACUGCUGAUUCCCUACUUCUUCCUAUUGCUAAUAGAAUAAUAAGAUAGCCUCUCUCCUCCUAAAAUAAAGGAUCGAACAUGUUUUAUUUACUUAAAUAUUUUUUUUUUCUUAAGCAGAAUAAUAUUUUUACCAUUGAUCUAGUACCAAUAUAAUUUACAGCUGUACACUGGGAUACAAAAUAUCUAAUAACGCUUUAUUAUUUAUAUCCCAACUCUCUGCAGAAUGGAAUUUUUAGUUUCUGCGGAUUCCAAGUACUGGAACCAGAGAUCUCAUACGCCGUUUCACACAUCCCACACGAAGCCCGCGUCGCCAUCCUUGAAAGCUGGAAGAAGAGGCUGGGAACGAUUUGGGAUGAAAAACCCAUUAAAUUUAUCCCACUCCAGGACUUUGAUCUGGAUAAUGGGUUUGUAGUUAAGAAAGAGGUUGUGGAGGCAAAUUCUGGCCAAAAAACCGGGAUCACUGUUGGACAACAUUUGGGCAAAGCGAUACCGCCAGAUAGUCAGGUGAAGUCCGAUAGCACCAGGCUGUAAAAGACAAUUUGUACUCUCUAAAUCUUUGGCUCAAUUUUUAUUAAAAUCCAUAUUUCUGAGUUAUAUCUUGUUUCUACUUAUUUUAGCUUCUACAGUUUAAAUACUAUAAACAGAGCUGACAUUGUCAGUGCCAGCCCCUAACAUGAGUUAUAAUGGCAGAUUCGGUGCAAUGGCCAGUUUGUUCUUCAAACAAAAAAACAAUUCAUUCAUCAGGACUUUUUAUAUUAAGAAACAUUAUUGUUAUGCCAUAGUUGGAAACUGUCUGUGUUUCUCUUCAAUGAUUCUGAAAAAAUCCAAUUAUUGUCAUGGUCUGCUCAAAUUGAUUAAACAUUCUAAUGUGACAGAAAAUAAAUACUGUAGUUGCUAAUCAUUUUCACUGAAGAGCUUGCAAUCUGUUUUGAAUCCCAUAGUAAAAAAAUGUAAUUGUUUUUCUUGACAAAUUAAAGAGAGUAUUGUCAUAGUGAUAUGA